GUUGCAUCAUGUACUUAUGCUUGCUUUUUAAGGCACUCUUCUUUCUUUUUUUUUUAUUUGUUUUCCUCCUUCCACAGUAAUGUGUAAGGAUCUAAGAAAAAUGUGCUAACUUGUAAAGAACCAGACAAGGCUCGUACACAAAAUCUGCUGAAAAAACAAUAAGACUUUCUGGGUCAUAGACUAACAAUUUUUUAGUAUAUAUCCGUUCUGCUGAAUCACAAUUUUGGAAGAUGCUGAUCUACAAAAGGAGAGUUACCACCACCAUGCACAGUUAGUGAGAAGAAAAGAAAAGUCAGUGUGCUGACAGUGUUGUUCCAGCAAGAAGUUAAGGACUAAAACAACCGGUUUUUCAGAGCUCUAAAGCGUUGUGUUUUGGACCCACGUCCAGUGUGAGGCAUAUGUAAUUGCAAGGAGUUCACGAGGAAGGCCCAAAACAAGGUGGAGAAGUUAUAUAGUUCAGGAUUCAUGAAACUGGUGUCUGAUCUUUGGAAGCUGGCUGUUCUAAGGAAUAAAACAGAACAACGUGGAUUGGCUAGAUUCACCCCACUAGCGGGAAUCUUGUUUCCUGUAGACCUCAUCAUUUUGAGGUGAGGCUAAGAUGAGCAUAACCAGUGACGAAGUGAACUUCUUGGUGUAUCGCUAUCUUCAGGAGUCAGGUUUCUCUCACUCUGCAUUUACAUUUGGAAUUGAAAGUCACAUCAGCCAGUCUAACAUCAAUGGGACACUAGUGCCACCUGCCGCUCUUAUCUCCAUCCUGCAGAAAGGUUUACAGUAUGUGGAAGCUGAAAUCAGUAUCAAUGAAGAUGGCACAGUGUUUGAUGGUCGGCCUAUAGAAUCCUUAUCUUUAAUUGAUGCAGUAAUGCCAGAUGUUGUACAGACUAGACAACAAGCCUUUAGAGAGAAGUUGGCUCAGCAACAAGCUGCUGCAGCAGUAUCUGCACCAAGUGCAGCGACAGUCACCACUGCCCCAGCAGCACCUGCAACCCAGCAGACCACACCAAAGAAUGGAGCAGCCACUGUGAAUGGUGAAGAAAAUGGAGCACAUGCAAUAAAUAACCAUGCAGAACCAAUGGAAAUUGAUGGUGAUGUGGAAAUUCCACCUAAUAAAGCAACAGUGCUACGUGGACAUGAAUCUGAAGUGUUCAUCUGUGCCUGGAAUCCAGUCAGUGAUCUCCUAGCAUCUGGGUCAGGAGACUCAACGGCAAGAAUAUGGAACUUGAAUGAAAAUAGCAGUAGCAAUUCCACUCAGUUAGUUUUAAGACACUGUAUACGAGAAGGUGGGCAAGAUGUUCCAAGCAACAAAGAUGUGACCUCAUUGGACUGGAAUGCUGAUGGCACACUCUUGGCUACCGGAUCAUAUGAUGGCUUUGCAAGAAUUUGGACGCAGGAUGGCAACCUUGCGAGCACAUUAGGUCAGCACAAGGGUCCAAUUUUUGCACUAAAGUGGAACAAAAAAGGCAACUAUAUACUGAGUGCGGGAGUUGAUAAGACCACAAUCAUCUGGGAUGCUCAUACAGGAGAAGCCAAACAACAGUUCCCUUUCCAUUCAGCUCCUGCUCUAGAUGUGGAUUGGCAGAACAAUACCACCUUUGCAUCUUGUAGCACAGACAUGUGUAUUCAUGUUUGCAGGCUUGGCUGUGACCGUCCAGUUAAAACCUUUCAAGGACACACGAAUGAAGUGAAUGCAAUUAAAUGGGACCCAUCAGGAAUGUUAUUAGCAUCGUGUUCAGAUGAUAUGACCUUAAAGAUCUGGAGUAUGAAACAAGACAUGUGUGUACAUGACCUACAAGCCCACAACAAAGAAAUCUACACAAUCAAAUGGAGCCCGACAGGCCCUGGUACCAGCAACCCAAACUCAAACAUUAUGCUUGCAAGUGCAUCUUUUGAUUCAACAGUCCGACUUUGGGAUGUUGAGCGUGGUGUCUGUAUCCAUACAUUAACCAAACAUCAAGAACCAGUCUAUAGUGUAGCCUUUAGUCCUGAUGGAAAGUAUCUGGCUAGUGGGUCCUUUGACAAAUGUGUUCAUAUAUGGAACACCCAGAAUGGCUCUCUAGUACACAGCUACAGGGGAACAGGAGGAAUAUUUGAAGUUUGCUGGAAUGCCAGAGGUGACAAAGUAGGAGCAAGUGCCUCGGAUGGAUCAGUCUGCGUUCUCGAUCUGAGGAAGUGAAGCCAGUUGUCCUGUUUUAUUGUUCAAAUGGACCAGCAGCGAAUGUGCACUGUCUGAAAUCACAGUCUCCGGCAUUUUUUACAAACCUGAGAAAGCCAGGAAAUGAAGCAAGACCGAACUGCCCUCAAUGCAGAACAUUUCAGGAUGUCUGUAGAUCUUCACAGACCCAUUUCUCUAGAAAUCCUCCUGGAGUGGGUGUUUGUCCAGCUGGUCUUACUGGAUUUUAGACUCCGAAGAAGAAGGCCAAUUUUUUGGAUUCCCAGAGACGUUGUUGUUGGUUAGGCUCAAAACAACAGUGCCAAAACAAGAAAUUAAACCCAACACAAGUCAAGAAAGAAAGAAAAGUAAAGGCUCUGACGAACCAAAAGGGAAAACACUUAUAAUGAUUUUAUUUUUUUCUUCAACCUGUAAUUGGGUCACUGCAGUUUUCCCAAAGGACCUACAAAGACCAGUUUUUACCAACAAAUCCAUGUGACUUUGUAUGACAAACUUUCUAUUUUCUAGACUACUUUUUUUGCUUUGAUUACCCAUUCAGUGGUUUUCUAUCAGCUCAGACUAGUGAAUGAGGGACAAUCACAGGGUUAUGUAAGGAAAUAAUGUUGCUUUUAUUUGAGCUCCCUUCCCCCUCCCUAAGAUCAGUGUGACCUGCUGGCUAGUUACACACUUGAAGAAUUGCUUAGUUUUGGUCUUUGCAAAAAAUAGUCUCUGGUCAUUCUCUUGGCUCCUACAUUGAUAGGCUCUUAACAAGUUUUCCAUUGCAUUUUCUUAGCAAUGGACUAACCUGUACUGAGGUGUCUCUCCCUCCACAGAUUAGCUUAUAAGGGCACUUUUCAUGACACGGUGUAACAUGCUUUUUAUAAGAAUGAGAUGCCGGUAAAGCUUUUUACUAGAAGAAAGAUGAACUUUUAAAGAGAAAGAACCCACUGUAUUUUUGAAAAAGAAAAACAAAUAUUUUUUAUGUUAAAAAUCUUAAUUCUAAAAAUGAAAAAAAUGCAAAUGUUGGGGUUGUCUAAGUCGUACAAAAAAGUAAAAAUUUCAAGGUAUAUUAAAGACUUGGUACAUUUUUUGA